CAUGCACAUCGGCCAUUCACCCCGGCACAACAAAACCCUCGUCUCUGAUUCUCCAAAGCGGCGGCGCGGUGGGCAUGGACGGCGCCGGCAUGGCGACGCCGCCGGAGGCCAACACGUCGCCCGCUCCCAACGGCGGCGGCUGCGGCUGGAUCAGGGUUGAGAAUUGCUACGUCUUCAAGAGCAGGCUGCAGGAGUACGUGCAGAAAGCCGGCCUCAUGACGCCAGAGUACCAAACCCUCAAGGAGGGGCCUUCCCAUGCGCCAAUCUUCAGCUCCACCGUGGUGAUUAACGACGUCAAGUACGACUCGCUGCCCGGGUUCUUCAGCCGGAAGGCUGCAGAGCAGUCGGCUGCCGAAGUAGCGCUCAUGGAAAUCGGCAAGUCUAUGGCGUUACCAACCAAUGCAACCAUCCCUGCAGUCCAAGAAACUGGUCUGUGCAAGAAUCUUCUUCAGGAGUAUGCUCAGAAGAUGAAUUAUGCUAUUCCAUCUUAUAUUUGCAACAAACAAAGUCCAUACAUAUGCACCGUAGAGAUUGGUGGAAUACAAUACAUUGGUGCUACAGCACGGACAAAGAAAGAGGCAGAGAUAAAAGCUGCCCGAACUGCUCUUCUUGCAAUCCAAGUUGCAGGCCAAUCAGAGGGUUGCGCGAAUGGUACCACAAAAUAUAUUGUUGUGCCUGGAAAAAGGCAAGGUAAGGACACCGAGAAAAAGCCCGUUGAAACUCCAAAAUCACUUAAGACCAAGAAAGGUGGUUUCAAGAAGCAACGGAACAAGAAUAAAUUCAUCAAGAAGAAUGGCCAAGAAGUUAACGAGGGAAAGGAUGAGACUGGAGUGCCUGGAGAUGCUCAUCAUUCAGAUGUCCCUAUGAAGCCAGCUGUAACAACAGAAGAUCCAUCGGCCAACACUGUAAUGAUGCAACCUGAUGAAGAAGCUUGGUCAUUCGAACAUGAACCAGCCAGUGACACUGCAAUGCUGCAACCUGAUGAAGACGCUUUGCCAUUCGAACAUGAACCGUCCGGUAACACUGCAAUGCUGCAACCUGAUGGCGAAGCUACAAAAGUAGGACAGGAGCACCUCAGUGACACAGCAAUGCUGCAACCUGAUGAAGACGCUUGGCCAUUCGAACAUGAACCGGCCGGUAACACUGCAAUGCUGCAACCUGAUGGCGAAGCUACAAAAGUGGGACAGGAGCACCUCAGUGACACAGCAAUGCUGCAACCUGAUGAUGAAGGUAGAAGAGGAAAGCAGGAACCACUCAUCGGCACUGCAAUGCCCCAACCUCACAUGGAAGAUAGAAGAGUGGGAGCAGAGCCACCUAGAGAUGCUGCAAUGGUGCAACCUAAUGAUGAAGCUAGAUGUGUAAAGCAGGAGCUACUAAUUGACACUGCAAUGCCUCUCCCCAAUGAGGAAGCCGGAGCAGGUGCAAAUCCUGUGCCACCGAGUGACUCCACAACAGCGCAACCUAAUGCAGAGACUACGAAUAUAAAUGGGGAGUCACUGAGGAAUGCAGCAUCAGCGCAACAUAAUGAAGAAGCUAGGACCCUAAACCAGGAGCCACCCAGCAGUGCUUCACUGCUGCAGCCAAAGGAACCCAGAGUCGAGAAUGGUGAAUUUGUUUCUGAAAACAAGGACCAAACUCUGGGAGAUGCAUCUCGUGAGGCAAAUAGGUCCAUCGAAGAUAUGCCAGAAAAGAGCUCAAAUAAUUCAUCUGCUUUUACAAGCGCGGAAUAAUAUGUGCUGUUUGAAUCAAAAUGCAAUGGCCUUCCAGUUUUACAUCUUGAUUUGCAAACUGGUAAAACUCGAAUAGCUGGCUUCGCAUUUUAGAAAUAUAAUUGCAUAACAGAUGGAAGCACAUGGACCGAGGUCGGUUGGUGGUCUUGGCCAUUAGUUAUUAGGAAAUUUGCAUGCCUGAUGGUAUGAUCUUGGUUCCAUGGAUGAUGUAUCUCAAGUUGCUUAUCUGAUCAAUGAACUAUUAGUGAACUAUUAUGAAUUAAUAGUCGGUAUUUGUUAUUAA